AUGGACUCUCUCGCACCCACCGACGACUACAGUCAUAGAUUCUUUAUCUGGCACGAAUGGAUCCAGGCGAAUGGACCGUUGACUACGGAGAACGUGUUUGAAUAUUUCACCACGUCGAUGUUCUACGACAAACAGAGUAAUAAUCAAGUGCUCCGCAUGCAAACCAUCCAUACUGGGACUGCAAUCGUCAACGAGGCAGAAGAGCUAAAGCGAUUCACCGGUGUCGAGUUUGCUGUUGUUCAUUCCGAGCCUCCGUCCCUCUUCAUUAUUCACAAACGUGAACGACUCUCGCCCGAUCAAGUUCGCCCACUAGCAGCCUACUUCAUCAUGAACAACAGAAUAUACCAGUCUCCAGACGUGUACACAGUGUUGUCCAAUCGUCUUCUGACCUCGCUCUGCUCGCUACAAUCGUCUCUUGACAUCCUUCGAAGCCACAGACCCGACUAUCUCCCAAGAACGGGUUUCGUUUGGCCGAUAGUUGAGUCAGAAGACUCCAAAAAGAAAGAAGAUACAUCUCAAUCAGAAAAUCGCGGCGACUCGAAUGCACCUCCGACUGAGGGAAGUAGUAAGCCAAAGGCUCCUCAACGACAUCAGAAUGGCAUGCUCCUCAUGAAUGCUAUGCGAGCGACGGCUUUGCACUCCAAGAUUUCAUUCUCUGCCAACGUGUUGGAAGCUGCCAGUGCUGAACAUGCUCCAGACCCUCCUGCUACAGCACAGACAAAUGCAAAUCCGGCCCCUCCACCAACAACCAAGGCGCCGUCAAAUCCCACUCCCACCACAGCAGAUCCUCCUCAAAAAUCAUUACCGGGUGCCGGAAAGAAGAAACGAAAACGCACACUACAAGCUCCACCUGCCUCGUGA